GGAAACUCUUGGCUGCAGUUUCGGAAAUGGGAGUUUCCCUAUUUCUCUAAGCCUAAGCCAGAUUGAAGGUGUGUCUUAUCAAAUGUGUCAAGUCAUCCCAAGUUACUGUUUCUCAACCGAGGAGUUAACUAACUUCUUGGUGUUACGCGGGUUUCAUCUGUUUGCUAGUAUUUAUUUUAAAAUUCGCUUCAUGGUUAAAUAAUACCUCAUAUACUGUAUACAAAUGCAUACUGGUACACGCGGCACAUUCCUAUGCGGGGACUUGUGGUAGGUAAUGGUGUUUUGUAUCAAUGCUAUACUAAGUGGGCCCAAGACUCAUGACUCAUCGGUUGCGGUUUGGAAAACAACGCUUGUGGAUAUUUUGUCUGGUGAGUCUUUUAAGUAUUAUUAGAAUAAUAAUGACAAAGUGAUGUGAGAUCAAGUACAGUCUUAUAAGUAUUUCUUGGACAAUGUUUGCACCUAAAAAUGGGCAACUUUACGCUACAAACUUUUAGAAAAUGUCCUAAACCAAAAAUGUACUAUAUUUUCAAAGAUCCCAUCUAAAUUUGAUACAAUAGACAUGCGCUUCAUGUGGACAUUGCGUAAGUAAACAAGAGUAAUAUCAUUUGGGUAGGGCAGGGUGAGGCAUCCCCCCUCCCCUGAAUUUGAACGUUGUAUUUAAAUUGCUAUGUUUUGCUCGAUUGUGUUUUGCACCCCCCCCCCCUUUUCUGAAAAAAACCCCUGAAGAGACGCCCCUGAGUAAUAUGUCAUAAAGUUAAGUAAGGCUAGAGAAUUUCUAUUAAACGACCGUGAUAUUAGCUUGCUCUCUUUGUUUAGCAUUUAAAUGACUCUCUAAAUCAGUGGUUCUCAAUCCUCCUUGGGCCGCGACCCAUUAAUCCAGUUCCUCAUGAUGUGGCGACCCCCAACCACAAAAUUAUUGUCGUUGAUGUUUCAUAACUGUUGAGUAUAUGUGUUUUCCGAUGGUCUUAGGUGACCCCUGGGAAAGGGUCGUUCGAGCUCAAAGGGGUCGCGACCCACAGGUUGAGAACCGCUGUUCUAAACUGUUUCUUACUAAGUCAUGUGUAGUUCCUUUUCUUAAAAUAAGAUUUGUCACGUCAACAAUGCGUUAAUUUUGUACUGGUUUAUUGUAUAGUAUUGUCUAUUAACCUCUUUGAUUAAUUAGGUCUAUCACAUUCAAAUGAUUAUAUUUCUGUUUAAAUCAUGUGUUAAAUCGGAAAAUGAAAAGAAUAUAUAGGGCCAAAUUAAAUAUGGAUGACUUGUAUCAAUAAAAACAGCCAAAUGGUCCCUGCUUCAAUAAGAACUAUUUCAGUCGGUCUGUCACACUCAAACUUUGAGAAGCCCUGUCCUCGAGUUUUUUUUUAUUUUUUAAUUUAAUUAAUUACUUUAUUUAUUUUACUUUUUGGGAGGAAUGGUUAUUUUUUUAAUCAAAAAGGGGGUGGAGGUUAUCUAUUAACUUAGAUUAUUGUGUAGCCCAUGGGUGUCAAACUUAAAUCCUUGGGGGGCCGCAGGAGGUAGAGUCUGAGUGAGACUGGGCCGCAUCAUCAUUCCACAAAAAAAGCGAUUACAAAUUAAAUAGAGAUUACAAUCUGCUCAGUCUUUAUUGAUAGCAAAUACAAACAUUAAGCGUUCUCAAGAACUCGGCUUCACUUUCUUCCUCCUUCUCCUUGUUGCCAGAAACCUGGCAGCGCUUCUUCUUACACAGCUGAGCAACAUUUGGCCUGAGUGAGGAAGCAACUUAUAAAGAUCAAUAUUCUAAGGGUACGAGAUUACUCUCUUAGGACCCCGGCCGUGGAACAUGGCCAAGUAGUCCCUGGGGACUCCGGCCAUGCAACUCGGUCAUGAAUAAAAUGGGUUUGGAACAGCUUUACUUCCUCCCCGGAGAUGGCGUUGCGUUACCACCCCCACCGUCCGGGGGCUGUCCGUUUUCCCAGUGUGGGACGGCUUUGCUUCCUCCCCGGAGAUGACGUUGCGUUGCCACCUCCACCGCCCGGGAGCUGUACGUUUUCCCUGGUGUGGGACGGCUUUGCCUCCUCUCCGGGAGUAGCUGCUGGCUUACUAACUCCCACCAUCCCGGGAGUCCUGAGCCAAGUUAGGGGUUCCCUAAGAAUUGUUUCCCUCCGGGGAGGCGUUGCCUUGCCUCAGCCCGCGUUUUUCCGGAAGCUGUUCGGACCGGACAGAACGGCUUUAACUUCCUCUCCGGGUGAGGCGUUGCGUUGCUUCGACCCACCGCUCUGGGAGCUGUUCGGACUGGACAUGUCGGGACGAAACGGUCGCCUAGGGGUGGCUUUCUCAGGGCCACGUCUUUUUAAUCAUUGGCAAGGGUUUAGGACCCACUACCUCAUACCCAUAACCGGCAACACGUAAUCAUGUUAGCGCUUUCUUCCGUUGCGUUAGAAGUCAUGCGUUUUGCAAAAUAAAUAAAAUAAAUAAAUAAGUAGUGGGGUUUGAGCAAAAUAUCUUCCUCCCAGUGGGAGGGGGCUUUGCGUUACCCCCUCCCCUAGCUCAGUGGGUCCUUCGAUAGGGACAGUGUGAUCUUUGGCUUCAGGGAGCACGCCCUAUACUAGUCUGUUACGCCACGAAGAGGCAGAUCACGUGUACACCACUCGAGCAAGUGGUGCCUGUUUCCCCCAGCAAAAGCCGGCCGAGGGACACCGAACAGUGAGGAAGCAACUAAGACCGUCAGUAUAGAAGAUGCCCACCAGUAAGUUUGGCCUUGAACUUUGACUUGUUAAAGUUCAUAGUGGAAAAGAGAAAUUUUAUACAGCUAGGCACUCCCCCCAAAAAAAGGCACAGGAUCCGCUUGUACAACCUGGAAAUCUCAAGGAAGGUGGAGGGCAAUACUCUCAUAAAUUGUGUAACGUGUCUGUUUUUCCAUUCACCUCCCUGAAUUUAGAAUUGCACUGAAGAUCAAUCGGCUCUAUUUGAAGCGCAAAAAAAGGGGGGGGGGGGGGGUUGUGGGGGGGGGGGGUAGAUCUUCUACAUUAAAGGAGAAAGGGUCGGUAAAAAAAGGUGAAAAGUGGUCCUUUGUGUUUUGAAGUCUAAAAACAUGUGAUCAAAUUCGUCCUGUAGCUUUGCAAUGUCACCAGUACACUGAAUGGUGUGCUCGAGACCAUGAGUACUUUGCAUGUUGGGAAAUGGCAGAGGUUUCUCUUAGAACCUUAACACAAGUUUUGUGCAGAAUGUGCUGACAUUGUCAUAGGCAACACUGACAAGCUACCCCUGGUCUUGUAACUUCUUGAUGAGUACAUUCAGCUCCUGUGUAAUGUUAACAAGAAAAGACAAGACCAUGAGCCAUUCAUUUGUUAUUAUUAAGUACAUCACUGACAACCACCCCAUCCUUCUCCACGAAGGCUUGAAAUGCUAAACGUGUUAAAACAGUACACAGGAGCAGGCCAUAUUUAUGAAUUAUUGAUGCGAAGGAAGAUGCUAUUGUAGGGAGAAUGAAUUUUGAUUUUUAAUCGUAGAAAAGGCUUUUUGACUAACCCUAUUUUGAAAGUGACCGAGCUGACAGGAUCGAAAUUUCCCUCACUCGCAAACACAGCGGCAAUUUUAAUAGGGAUUCUUUACACAAUUAUGGUUGUGCAUUACCCACUAACUGACAUUUUAAACUUUUCUCAAAAUCGCACUUUGGCCGCCAUGUUUGUCUCAUAAAAUGCUAUAAAAUAAAAACUUUUCUCAAAAUCGCACUUUGGCCGCCAUGUGUUGUCUCAUAAAAUGCUAUAAAAUAAAAACUUUUAGUCCGAUUUUAAAAAAGUUUUUUACCAUUAUAACCAACGUCCAAAUCUACACAAACAUAAUGUAGCCGAGUGGAUGACGUAGCUUACAGUGUAAAUGAAAUCACAAUAAAACAAUCAGGUCUGAGAACUAUAGCUUUUUAAUGUAAGGUACAAUCCGUUGACAGAACCGACAGGAAAAUCUCUCACACCUGCCAUCGACCCGACGCAUCCGUUCCACACCACAAUCUCAAAAAAUGUACACACCUCAAGUCCCAGUUCGCCACCCCUCCCACACACACACACACAGUCACAGGGAACCCGCGUCCGAGCUGACCAUGGGUCAACCCCGGAGCAGGGAUGGUUAUUCCCGCGUGUAAAUAACCUACAUAAAAUUUAAGGCCUGUACACGGCUGAGUGUUACGUUGAAUGACCAUGGAUAAUGGAUGUGUACGUGCUUGGGGUUACCCAUAGCAGUCACACUAUGACUUUGAGAGUGGAUUCUCUUAUAUAGUGGCACAUUGCCACAAUAAUAAAAAUCAGAAUUAGACCAGUCGGUGAGAUUCGACUGAACCCGCCGCGGAGGUUCACGUUAGAGAUAUGAGAAUGGGGAACACGCGCUGGCCGCAUCAAUACUAAACUUUGCUGUCGUGUAGCUGUCACGAGCUCCUUCACGCUACGUUUACGUAACGCCUGGGGUCUAAGUCCCACCCUUUCUGACACCAGCCUUGUUUGUACAAAACAAGGAAACACAACAAACAUACAAUAACAACGAAGUCUUCAAUUAACUUACAAUAACUACUUCUAGUUUAUUAUCUACAAUGUAUAAAUGAAUGAAAUGAAACUUAAUGUUUACAGCACAGCAUAUGAUAUAAUGUAAUGUAACUUAUAUUUAAAAAUACACUAAGACUUAUGUUUAAAAGUACACUAAGAAACUUAUAAAGGUUGUCCUAUAAUCUCAAUGAUUCCAGCACAUCUGCUGACAACGCAUGCACGAUACAGUCACUUUAGUUUACGACUCUCGACACGCUACGGACUCUAGUGGUGGAGUCUCGUGGAACUGUCUUCCGUCUAACGUCUGUAUAGAACCAUGCACGUUCGUCUCACUGCCAAGUGCUUGAGAUGGUGGGUCUGCAAGCAUCUACUCUCACGACAAUAUAAAGGGCGACUAUUCCUGAAAUAUAUGAAUAAAUCCCCUACACUAUGUAAUCAAUCCUAACUUCCAACUAGAUACUCACCGUCGUCGUCUAAACUACUACCGUCUACCUAACGUAACUCUCUAUCACACAAACCAACAACCCUACAGCUUCUUCAAUCACACACCUUACAUGCACUUACCUCUCUAGUGAACUGGCACAUGGUAAGUCCAAGUCCGAUACUUUCACCUCUCUCUAAUGUUCUUCAAAGUGUGGUCAGUGGUGUCUACCAACACGUUGUUGAUAUAUAUAUAUGUCUAACUGCUUUAGGAGGAUGGUAACUCGGACAGUCCUCUACUACUUCUACGGACGGAGCUCUCCCUGACUGUCCGCUACCCUGUUCCGCUGAGCUCUGCCCCGUCCUGUCCUACGGUCCCUAUUUAUAAUUCGUGAGCCCCAGGAGGUUCCCUCUCAUGUCUGUAAUCUGACUCCCAAAUCUUCCAGUACUUAAAUUUGUGAACAAUUGUAAUGGUCCUAAACCCCCGUAGCGCAAUAGCGCAACGGUCCUUCCAGGGAAGUCUGAUAAGCUCGCCCCUGGUCAGAUGCUGGUAACCCUGCUGAUACGCAGGCCCUUUCUAGUCGGUCGGUACCCCCCCCCCCCCCCCCCCCCCCCCGCCCCCCCAGCCCGGCCCAUCCCCUGUGGCCUCCCAGGUCCGAGCCCUCCACUAUGUACGGUAUUUAAUUAUUCCCCCCUUCCCUUGCCUCUCUCUCUAACUCGCUAUGGUUGACCUUGGCUUACUAGUCACUCUGUGACAGUAGCGGGCCACAAAUAUCGUCUUUCAGGCCGCAAAUGGCCUGCGGGCCGCGAGUUUGAGACCCCUGGUGUAGACUGAGCUAGAAAAUAAUAUAGGCUUUUGUUAUAUUGGCCUACAUUUUAAAAAUAUAUAUAAGAACGAGAAAUUAAUUUAUAUACAAAACAAAUUCUUUAAAUUAAACACACUUCCAUUGCACAACAAAGUUGCCCAUUGUCGUUGUUGCCAACUAGAAAUCAAAACCUUUUUUCAUGAGCUCAGGUGGAGUGUGGGAUUAGAAUAGUUUGGGAAUCAUUGUUGUCAACAUGGCAUAUGAUUUGUGCAGUGAUGGCCCAUACUUAUGAUAGAGAACGGUCUUAUGGCAAAGAAUGAUGGCCUUUAAUAAAACAAUUUUUGAUUUUUGGUGAUGGUAUUUUUUUAGGGUGGGUUUUAAGGAAAGGUGAUAUCGGGUGUUCAUUGUACUUUUAAAAAAAACCCUCCCCCCUCCCCCUCCCCCCCCCCGCUUGACAAGUCAUUAAAAAGAAAGCAGAUCGGUUCCCCCCUCCCCCCCCCCCCCCCCCGCUUGACAAGUCAUUAAAAAGAAAGCAGAUCGGUCCUCGAUGCAGAUAAUGUAUAAGGAGCAGGCUGAGUGUUACAGUUAGUGAUCGUAGUCUUAAUCUAUGAUGAUAAACACUUACACAGUACACACGCUUUAAAAAAAAAAAAAGACUCUUAUCUGUUUGUGUACACCAGGAGUUCGUAAGCAAGGGUCAGGGGUUUAGGGUUAGGGUUAGGGUCAGGGGUUUAGGGUUAGGGUUAGGGUCAGGGGUUACUGCAAGACCCCAAAAGCAUUUUUAUGUGCAUGUUACUAGAAUUUGUUUAUCAUUGGGGGGGGGGGGUGUGGUAAAUAGUAUUCACAUACUUUGUACUUUUUGUUUCUUUACUUGUAACGAGAUGGCAGUCUCAUCUGACUUUGACCAUUUGACUCUCCUACAUAUAGAUGACUUGAGUUAUAAAAUCUAGCUAACGAUCAUUCUUACAUUGAAAUAAAACUUUUAGUUCCGGUAUGAACAAUCGUAGAAUGGCACUUCCUUUUCUUUAUUAUAUAAAUUCUGCUGCCUUGUUUGGUAUUAGAGUUUGAAUCAGAUCUCACUCGUUAAAAGUUUCGUGACACUGUCUAAACAUAAUUGGCGCCGUUUAUUGUCAUCAAUGGUUGUUAGAAGAGCUGCUUUAUAGAAUCAAGUAUAAAAACAGUUUCAAAAUGAUACUAUUAUACAUUGUAUUGUUUAUUAGAAUCACGUUUUCGGAUUUAUAUUAUUAUUAUCAAUUACACAGCGUGAACGGACGUUAGAUGUUACACCUGUCACGUAGGGCCGUCACGUCGGUCCUGCAACCACUGCGACUUCAAGGGGCUCGGAUAUGUAAAGGGUCCUAAUUCAGUGAAGUGGACAACAACAAAAAAAUUAAAAAAAAAAAAUAAAAAUCGAAAGUAUUUUUAAGUUGAAGGACUGGCUGAAUAGAUAAAUAAGAAAAAUUGUAAAGUGCCAUGGGGUCUCCAAAUGAGACGUCACGCCUUGGCUAUCCCCCACCCCAUAUUUUGAUAUGCCAAUGGUAGCAGCAUAUUUAAAGGUAUAAUUUGUAUUGUUCUUUAUGGGUGGUAUGGGCGAAAACUUAAGGAUGCCCCUGCGUAGCACAAAUGCUAGCUACGUCACUGGUUGUAAUCAGGGCCGUGCGAAGGGGGGGGGGGGGGGGAGUGCGAAGGUAUUGAUUACCUAUACUACUGGUUUAUUAUUGUAAAUAUUGUUUUUUUAAAUCUUGAUUUUUUAAAAUUUAGCAUCCUUAUUCUUAAUCUGAGAUACAAUGCGUUGCUUCUUACAUCUAGCUGCUGUUAGUCUUGCAUACUGUUAGUCUUGAACACGUAUUGGUCUUGCACGCACAUUGGUGCUACCAUAUUGGUCUUGCACACGUAUUGGUCAUUAUUAUAAGGCGAAAUAAAACCCUUUAGAUGUGGCAUUGUAGGUCACGCUGUGACGAAACAAUGUUUAGCGCCCAACGCGGGAAUUUGACCACGGGUUCAAUGAAUGUAAAGAGGCCCAUUGCGUAGAAUACUGAGGGACACUCUAUGUGUGCUUUUGGUUCAAGAUCAAUUAUUUAUUUCUCGGGAACCUAAGUAUAUUAAGUUAUAAAUUAUAUCUAUUUGGAAAGGGGACUUUAUUCGCUAUAACUUAGUAUAUUUUCAAGUCCACAUCUUUAGGGGGCGUUGUAAUAUUAAGCAAUAAAGGGAGUUUUCACAUCCAUCCAUGGGGGGGGGGGGGGGUCCAACCCUUUCUAUUUAAAAUACUUUUAAAAAAACAUUUAAUUAGGCAAGUAUCUUAGGUAGGCAAGUAUCUUAGGUAGGCAAGUAUCUUAGGUAGGCAAGUAUCUUAGGUAGGCAAGUAUCUUAGGUAGGCAAGUAUCUUAGGUAGGCAAGUAUCUUAGGUAGGCAAGUAUCUUAGGUAGGCAAGUAUCUUAGGUAGGCAAGUAUCUUAGGUAGGCAAGUAUCUUAGGUAGGCAAGACAAAACUGAAAAGUACACAUUGGAGUCUUUAGGGGUUUGGUCCGGGAUUUUCUACUUUACUUUUAUUUGGGUUGGAGUCACUUAGGGACAGAAGCGUAUCGAGGGUGUUUGGCGCCCGGGGACAAGUUUCAUUUUUAAGCGCCCCGUUUUCUUUUUUUCAACUCUCAAACCCAUUAUUUUUACCAAUAAUAUAAUAUCAAAGCACAUUUUGGUGCCCCUAACUAGCUUGCGCCCGGAGACAUCUGCCCCCCCUGCCCCUCCCCCCCUCUCGCUACGCCUCUACUUAAGGAUUGUUGAUUUACCACAAGGACUGUACCAGAAGGCAAGUAAGACUGUCUUAGUUGUCAUGUGAUGUAGAUGCUCUCUCUAGUCUGUCCGCACCACUUUGACUUAUUAAGGCGAACUCUAAUGCGUUUUUUUAAUUCAAAGUUUCAAACGCAUCCCUAGCGUGCACCGGUGUCAGUGUUCAGUGCACCGGUGUCAGUGUUCAGCGCGGUCCAUUUGGACGCUCUGUAACUGUGAGUAGAAGGAAAUACGCCAUUAUAUUUCUUUGUUUGUAGUAUGCAAGUGUUAGUAAUGGAAGAUUUCUCAUCAGUACUUAUAUUAGGCAGUGUUUUAAUCACGUUAGCGCCGCCAAUUUGACUUGUAACCAUGAUAUUGUGAUGGUUUAACAUACAGCGGUUCACUGAAUACUUAAUGGAAUUAGAUACCAGUGUAUGUGAGCAUAACACGCAAUCGUAUAUCUCCCAGGUUACACAUACUGCAAUGUUCUUAUAAGCUAUUGAUACAACAGUAUACAGCCAGCGAAUAUGUGUAAUAGGCUAACUCUCCUGCCCUGUGCUAAAUUCUCACAUAGGAAAUGGUGCAUGUGUUAGGAUAAUAUGACAUUAAUUAGACAUUCUGCAAUUUGCUUUUGUCUUAAAAAGACACAGCGAUUGAUAGCUGCAAGUAUCAAGCUAACGGUGGACAUACUUUAUACCAAUGUAUUAACUGUCCUGCUAUGUGUGCAUCUUACAUAGACACUGUACGUGGAUGGCAUACCAUAGUAACUUCUAGACCUUUCUGUUAGCCCUCACAUCUCACACUGGUUCUGUGUGUAGGACGCUGUACGUGCUACUAUAUAUAGUUAAACACUGCCACGUGAUUUGUUUUAUAAUUAAACAUUAUUGAAAUAAUAAAACUUUUUUGACGUUUGAAUAACGUGUACUGCGCUAUCCUUAGUUACGUAUAUUUUGUCGCAACCUAUAAUUACGGCGUUAUUCAACACGUUUAUUAUUAGCUGUGUUAGUCAAUGCUAGCCAGGACAUUGUUAACCUGUACUAUUUGUUUGCCUUUCAGAUAUUGUCCUUUUUCUUUGGACUUGUUUUUUUCUUUAGCACUUUUCUUCAUAGUAGACUUUUUUGUUUCUUUAGCUGUUUCUUUAGCUUUUUCUUUAGCGUUAAAGUUUAUAAUAAAGUAUUAUAAAGCUAUGGUCCACAAGACCUGCAUUUGUUUUAGUGUAUAUUAGAAAAACUGUCAGCCUCGUUCAUCACAAGACCAAUUACCACCACCUUGCUACAGUUUUUGUCGCUGCCAGCAGGGUUUUAAAAGUGUGUCACACACACACCUCUCCACCCUCCAGUAGUCACCACCAUUACCCCACUCUACUACAUAUAAAUCCAUUGACUUAAAAUGUUUUACCAAUACAGUAUUUGCUAAUAAACAACAUUAUUUCAAGCGUAAAGUCGUAACAUUAGGACAUAGGCUACACACAGCAUAGUUUUUGUUUUGUUUAAAAAGAACUAAUCACAGUACCCCCAUGACUCCCUUCAUUCCGAAAAUAAAUCGUCUGCUCUGUCGUGUACUCGACUCCGCGAGUCGACGGUUACUCGGCCAGGUGUUUGAAACAUAUUUGUCACCACUGUUGGUGUCAUCGUGACAACAGAAAUGCAUGUCUUGUAAAGAGGGUGUGUGGGGGGGGGGGAGGGGUAUCCGUCUUAUUGGCUCGCCUUCUACGUAGCUAAUUUGUGUGUCACCGAAGAAUCGCAUGUGUCUGUUAUUUCUAAAAUUUUCUUAUGAGACUCGCAAGGCUUUCUAGCAGACAACACUAAGCUCUGCGUGGUUUUUCUGGUCAUACCUUUAUCGUGACGAUGCUGGCGUGAUAUCCAUGGUAAGUCGUUCAUUUAAAUAGCUGAAAUCGAUAUCAUAAAAUGCAAAAAACUUUUGUUCAGCCCCUUUAAAAGUGUCGUAGCAUAAUAGAAUUGGUUAAAACAGAAAUUAUUAAAAGACUAGUUUACCGAUCCCCAGUGUCAAUAUUUUUUUUUUUUUCCUUUUUAUUAUGUAUUUUGUACUCGACUUGAUAUAUAUUUAUUUCAUUGUAACUAUUUCAAGUUAUUAGGAAAGGUUGAAUGCAAGUUAAGAGGUAUAACUGUACAUCUAAGUUUCCGUGUAAAUAACAAAAGUGAGAACAAAGUGGGCCAGGCAGAUAGCGUGCAGUCACCCGUAGGCUAACUGUAUUAUAGGGCUGUCAACUAUUUUUAAAACCCCUGUCAAGUUCAGGCCCCCACGGUACACGUGUACCCGCCAAUAAAUGAUUGAAAUUGAGCUUCCAGACUACAUUAGUACUAGUGUACCCGUGUCAAAGUUAUACAUGUCGACCGUGGAAUGUGUAAGUAAUUUAACAUACACACGACUCAAACACAUGGAUGAUAAAAAUAGUUCAAGGGAACACAGAAUACUUCCAUAGCAGGGUUUCUUUCAGCUAUAUCUCCGGGGGAGCGGGUACCCCCCUCCCCAGGGAAAGCCAAGUGCCCCCCCCCCCCCNAAUAAAUCAACUGGCACUGCCACCCCCCCCCCCCCCUAAAAAUCUGAAGUGAAGAAAAUUUCUGCAAUAAUCACUGUUCCAUAGCAAGAAAAGCAAACCUACCAUUUAAUACACAAUUGCGGUAGUCAAUGUAAGCGAUUUUUAAAAAAAAAGUUAAUAAUGUGAGUAUCGAGAGUAAAAAGCAAUAGUAUUGAGCUGCGUAGAAGCGCAACUGACACCCACAACGCAAUGACUGAGAAAGGAGCUGUGUGUGUGUGUGCAUGUCAGCGAUUACUGUCUGCCCGCUGUACGGGUGUGUAACAAGUGGAAGGAGGUUUGAAAAUCUGACCUUUUUUCCCGCACCCAAUAUAUUAUAUGGAUGGUCCCUAACCUGCGAUUGAUGUGUCAAGACAGAAUGAACGUGGGUUUAUUCACAUAUUCUGCAAUACUUAUGCUGAAAUUCUCAAAGGCCAUACAGCCUUUUGGUAUCUCUUAUGCUAUAAAAAUAUCACGCAGUGUUUUGUAAUUAACUCCAUAUUGUCCUUUUAUGUUUUCACUGGUGAACUCGCUAAUAAAAGUAAUACUAAACCGUUCGCUUUGUAUUUUUCCGUGCGUGUGACGUAAUUAUCUUUGUUCGGGCCACGCCUGUGAUUCUAAAGUGUUUUUUUUUUCAAUCCUUGCAUCCUCGUCGUAUUUUCGUUGUACCAGGUGCCUCGUGUCCAAUUCUAACAAUUACACUUCGAAAUACCGUACACAUUUUAAAAAGAUGAAAGUGUUGGGUAAAAGUAUAUACAUUAAGCACUAAGCGCAAUCAAGUAACCAUUAAUAGGAGGUUCUGCUAACAGUAAUUACUCAUGUUUUUUACUGGUUUGCACCAAGUCCACUGCAUGUUGUGUAUUGUCAUAAUGGAUUUAAAAUUAAAAUAAAAUUAUAAACCUUUCCAUAGCACUGAGACAUCUCUCUUGAGAGUCACCAAUGACCUCUUGCUCGCUUUGGAAAGCGGUGAUAUCUCCAUCCUGAUCCUCUUAGACCUCAGUGCGGCCUUUGAGCACUGUUGACCAUGAAACCCUUUACAAAACCCUUGAAAAUUACUUUGGAAUUUCUUGUUCAGUUUUGGCUUAGUUUAGGUCCUACCUCUCCGAUAGGACGCAGGCGGUCGCUGUCGAUGGCUGUCUCUCUGGCAGUGCUGACUUGGUGUACGGAGUGCCACAGGGGUCCGUUGGGGCACGGUUCUAUUAUAAUGUAUACCAGGCCACUGCUCCUCUUGCUCGGGAGGCUUGAUGUGGAGAGCCAGUCAUUCGCAGAUGACACGCAGCCAUACAAGCAUACCCAUCCCUCUCUUGUCGAUUUCACUAUCUGGACUUUGCGGGGAGCAUUGGUGAUGUCAAGUCAUGGAUGACACUCAGCAAGUUGAAGCUUAAAGAUGACAAAACGGAAGCACUCCUUAUUCACGAUCACAGAUUAUCCUCAAACUAAGAUCUCCCCAACUCAUUUCAAGUAGGUAACUCCGACAUACAGUUUACAUCGUCCCCUAGGAAUCUUGGUUAUAUUAUGUCUAACAAUAUGUCUCUUGAUAAUCAUAUCUCUCACAUUUGUCACUCUGCAUACAUCGCUAUUCGUCAGAUCAGCUCCAUACGCCACUACCUCACAGUUAGCGCUACAAAAACCCUAGUCUGUGCUCUUCUUCUCUCUCGUCUUGACUAUUGUAACUCACUUCUAUCAGGUUCAUCAAAACACUUCUUAGAAAAAUGACAAAAGGUUCAAAACUCAGCCGCUAGGCUAAUUCUAAAGGCAAAAAAAAAACGUAAUCACGUCACACCACUACUUCAUUCACUUCAGUGGCUCCCUAUACAAGCCCGUAUUGACUACAAACUCUCUGUUCUCCGCCACAACUUUGUCUAGAAUUUCUGCCCUUCCUAUCUAACCGAACUUCUCUCUGUCUAUUCACCCCUUUCGACAGCUUCGCUCCUCCGCAGACGCGCGUAUUCUUUCUGUCACCAAAACUCGCACAAAAACAUAGGGCGAACGAUCUUUCUCUUUCUAUGCCCUCAAACAAUGGAAUUCUCUUCCCUUACACAUCCGCAAUAUACCGACCACCACAGCCUUCAAAACUGCUCUCAAAACACAUCUUUUUAAACUCUACUCUCCUGACUGAUUCCCACCUCUGACCGAAAUACGAUGCUGCUGGGUGUCGUCCAUGGCUUGAAAUGUAAAUAGUUUUAAAUAUACACUUUUUUUUAAAAUUCAAUUAAUGUAUGCUAAUUAAUUUUUUACAGUUCAUGAUUAUGUUUUUUAAAUUGUAUGUGCAGCGUGGUUUGCCCAGCCCUAGGCUGGGGUACCACGCUAUAUAAAACCCCUUAUAAUAAUAAUAACCUAAGGGGCCGUCCAUUACGUACGUCACGCUAUAUUUGGACAAUUUUACCCCCUCCCUCCCCCUGUAACAAUCUGUCCCGAACCUCUGGACUUCCCACCCCUUUUUUUUUAAAGCACGUCACACUCGCCUGUGAUGAAAUAGCCGAAGUCAUAAGAGUUUAGGGUUGACGCUACGAGUGAAUGAAUCAUGCAAUCAUGUUUACGUGCAACAGUUGCAUCGUAAAAACCGAUAACCUGCUUAAAACCCGAUUCCUUAGACCAAAUCACCAGUUUGACACAUAAUCAUAAAUAUGUAGAAAUGAACAUACCUAAGUUUGUGUGACUAAAAAUACUAUUUAUCCCAUGCCCCAACUGAUCACCGAAAAUGUUUUGAUGACACCCACCCACCCCCUCCCAAUUGGGGGUUGGGGGGAGCGGUCCUAAUGCUACCUUAUAAAGAAUAUUGAAUUUGAGUUUGGCUACCAUUUAGGCCUUAAGUUUCAAAAUUUUAAGAGAAAACUAAACAAAUUAUUAAAAAAAUGGAAAUAUUUGUAUUGCAAUUUGCAAUCGAUGAAAACAGUAGCAGUGGAUAACUUUAAAAAAAAAAAAAUCACGUUCUAACAAUAACACCACCCCCUUAUCUUAUUUUGAAACAAACUCACAUUUCUUAUAUCCCAGAGUCUUGGCAUAGCUAAGAUUACUGACUCCCCCCCCCCCCUUACCAUCCUGACUGGGAGGUCAAAUAUUUUAGCCAUUCACUGUCACGAAAAUGUUGGCCUAAAAUGCCACCCUCUGACUGGUUCUCUUUGUAUUUCGCGUCAUAAUGGUUUAUGAAUAUUUUUAUUGUAGUAGUGUGGUGUGUGACGGAGGUGAUCCUGACGACGACGCCAAAAACUGUAGUAGUGUGAGUGGUAGUGGUGACCAUGCUCGCAGCGCCAAAAACUGUAGCCGAGUGUGAGGUGUUGGGUGAUUGGUUGGUGCAGGUGAUUGGGUGUACCAAGGCUGCCACUGACAGCUACUAAUAAAUAAAUGAAGAAAUGUAGGUCUCGAGGACUAUAGCUUUAUUAAUGCUCCACUAUGAAGACAAAGGUGUAUGAAAAAUACACUACACUUGAAGGAAAAGAAAAAGAAAAAAAGGACAAUAUUUUUAAAAUAGCCUGAGCCUAAGUCUACACGCUGUAGGUUAUUCUACACUAUAUCCUGGUUAUAAGUCUGAACAGAAAUCUUCCAAUGCUAACACUCAACAAGUUCCUACUAACCACAAAGAAAUAAAAUGGCGUAAUUGCCUCUACUUACAGAGCGUUCCAAUGGGCCGCACUGAACAAAAGCACACUGCAGGUACGCUGACCAAUCUCGAAUGACCACUACUUAGUGUGCUCCCCUUUAUAAAGCCGUGCGCGGACAUAUGAGAGAGCCCCUCCGUCAGACCUAAACCAAGUCGGUCUACGUUUUGCCUUCUGGCCAGUUUCCUGAGGUAAAAUGCCUAAAUCUGUGGACUACUCCCGAGUAAUAAUUAAAAUCCCUGACCAAAGCCCUAAAGACUUCUAUGUGAUCUGUGCAGUUUUGUCUUAGCUAUCUAAAAUACUAUUUUAUAUUUUUAUGACUUAAAUAGUUUUUGAGAUAUUUUAACUAGAAGGGGGUGGGGGCCAUUAUAAAUGAAGGCGAAAACUCCUUUAAUGACUAAAUGUUAAAAUAUCCUCCAACGAUUGGAAACUUGUAAAUAUGCUAAGGUAUAGUGAAUAAAAUCCCCUUUCUAACUAGAUAUAAUUUAUAACUUAAUACGCAAGGGUUCCCGAGCAAUAAAUUAUUGAAUUUCUAACUAAAGCGCACAUCGCGGUAUUUAAAUUUCCUCCCUAAGCGCUGGCCGUAUAGUGACCGUGUUGGGGGGGGGGGGGUGAAAGGGAUACCUGUUACGCACCGCGCCAGACAUUGUUUACGUAACGGGUCAAAUAGUGGGUUGGGGCAUGCACUGCCACUACACACCUCGCGUUGGGCGCCAAACAUGGUUUACGUAACGGGUCCAAUAGUGGGCUGGGGCAUACACUGCCACAUUAUGAUUUUAAAAUUUUUCUUUUGAGUGGGUUGGUCUUAUAGUACGCGUAGAGUUUAUAGUACGUACGCGUAACGUCGUGGAGGGGGGGGUGCCCUUUCAAGGGGGAGCGGGGUCUAAUAUUUUACGUUUUUGGCUAACGUAAUAUAUAUGGAUGACCCCUAAUAUAAUAAUUCGAUUAGAGUCAACAAGAGAAAAAAAAAACUCGCAUUGUUUUUGAGUCGAUACAACUCGACGGCAACACGGUUGGUUCACGGUGGCCCGUUCACAACUUUCCCACCUGUGUCCCCGUCGGACGACGGGUACCAGGGUCGGCCUAUCCUUGUCACCUGAUUGUGUACCCCUCUUUUCUCGAUAACACUCUUUCGAUGCCACUAUUCGAUACCACUAUUUCGAUACCACUAUUCGAUACCACUCUUUCGAUACCACUAUUCAAUACCACUCUUUCGAUACCACUAUUUCGACUCUUUCGAUACCAUUCUUUGGAUACCACUCGCUCCACUGCAGUGUUCUGAAUAAUAUGUAAGUGUCUUAUGUGCGUUAUUUUUUUGGAUCUAGAAACAAUAUUCUAUUCUGCGUUUUUGGUAUUGUCUUAUCUCUUAUAAAUAAGACGUUAAAAUACGUAAGUAGACUCUUUUCAUAAAUCGCUGUUCUAAUGUGUUCUCCCUUUGAUGUGAGGAACAAUAGAUAUAAUAUAUAUAUAUAAUAAGUCUUACUUAUAACUCUGUACAUCUAUCAGCAGUUAGUGUUAUCAAGCAAUCGUUCUUUUUUUUGGUAGGCAAACUGAAGAUCGGACUGCCGCACUAAUAAUGAAUGAUAAUUAAUAUCACAUGAUCAUGAAAAAUAUUAUCGUUUCAAUAACCAUUUCUAAAUAAUACACCAAUGCUCAGCUAUCGUAUAAUUAAUGAAUCGUAAUUUCAAUUUUAUUUACAUAAAUAACUGAUUUUAAUUAAUUAGUUUUAAUCAUCCUGAAAUGGCGCAAAUUGUACAUCUCCAGCGUCAAUAAUGGGGUUAUAUAUUUUUUUGGAAUUCCACCAUUCAACAUAAGGCUAUAUUUGGGAGUUCCCCCAAAGUGACGUCACAAGUCUAUUAACUGCCUGGGCCUUACCGCGGCGAUGGGCGUGGCUUUAUGAGCUCUGAAAGACACUGCAGAUUAAGACCAGUCAGUGGCGUCAAUGUCACACUGGGAUGUUGCCCAAGGCCUAACGAUUCUAAGGGGCCUCACGCUUCUAGUGGGCCUAACGCUUCCAUGAGGACUAACGCUUCUAGGGGCAUCACGUUUGUUGGUGGGCCUAACGUUGCUUGGGGAUCUCACACUUCUAGAGUGCAUAACUCUCCUUGGGGGCUUCGCAAUUCUUGGGGGCCUCACAGUUCUAGAGGGCGUAACUCUUCUAGGGGGCCUAAAGUUUCUUUGGGGCCUCAUACUUCUAGAGGGGCUAAAACUUCUAGCUACGUAUCUGAAGAAAGGUAGAGGAGUUGAAUAUUCUAAAUAAAACUUUCAGUAGAGACCGACCGAAAGUGAUUUUCUGAUUUCGGCCGAAGCCGAAAAUAGGCCGAAAGUUUAAAAUGACUUUCGGCCGAAACCGAAAAAAUGCCGACAGUUUGAAAAUGACUUUCGGCCGAAACCGAAACCCGAAACCAAAAAUGAAAUGUUAAGAUAUUUUGAAAUUCGUUUCCGCAUACAUUCUGCAUACAUCGAAAAUGAUGUGGGAAAGUAUAAAUAUUUAUAUUCUUUUUAUAAAAUAUGAGAUAAUCGUGAAUAUUAAUAAAUAAACAUCUAAUAUAGACCCGCAAGACGAUAUUUUGCGGCCCGCUACAGGACAGAAAAGUUUAGUGUAAAUGCGUCGACCCGUUUCCCCCAUUCUCAUAUCUAUAACGUGACUCUCCUCGACGGUUUCAGUCGAAUCUCACCGACUAGUCUAAUUCUGAUUUUUUUUUUUUUUAAUGUUUAUAAAUAUUUUUGUAUGCAACAGUGAGUAGGUGGAUGAUGAAAGUGAAUCCUAGUUCUUGCGAACCCUUAAUGAUUUUAUUGUUAUUUAUAAAGGCUGAGCAGAUUGUAACAGUUGUAUUCGCUUUUUUCUGGAUUACUUGAUGCGGCCCACUCUCAUUCAGACACUACCUCCUUGCCCCCCCCCCCCCUGAUGUUUUGAGUUUAGGACCCUUGAUCUCAUGAAUACUUUUGAUUUUACCAUUUUAAUAUAAAAGUAUUUUAAAUUGCUUUGCAAUUUUUUAAAAUUAGUAUGGUAGGAGAAAAUUUGGCCAACAAAUUUUUUUAAAUUGUUUUUAAUUUUUUUAAAAUUGGGUUGGGAGGGAAAAAUUUGGCAAAAAAUUGGGGGGGGGGGGGGGGGGUUGGAAAUUAAUGCAAAAACUGGGUCUCUAAAAAUUGUGGUUCUAAAAGAUCGCUUAAUUUGUUUUUAAAGAUCGGUUAGUUGGUUGUCAAUGAUCGGUUAGUUUGUUCUUAAAGAUCGGUGGGUUUGUUCAUAAAGAUCGCUUAGUUUGUUCUAAAUAUCACUUAGUUUAAUCUUAAAGAUCGCUUAAUUUGUUCUUAAAUGUCACUUAGUUUGUUGUUAAAUAUCAUUUAGUUUGUUCUCAAAGAUCGCUUAAUUUGUUCUUAAAUGACGCUUAGUUUGUUGUUAAAUAUCGCUACGCUGAGUAUUAAAUGACCGAAAACCUGAGUUACUUUUUUUGGCCGAAGUUCUAAGUCAAUUUCGGCCGAAACCGAAGAAAAACCGAAAGUUAAUUUUUCUCUUUCGGCUGAAACCGAAAUUAAGCCGAAAGUUAACUGUUCAGUUUUGGACGAAACCGAAACUUGGCCGAAAGUGAUAAAAUGGCCACUUUCGGCGCCGAAACCGAAGCCGAAAUUCGGUUGGUCUCUACCUUUCAGUUGACUGAUUUUUAAAAAGUUUUUCUGCUUCCACUGCGCCCUGAUAAAUAAUGCAUUGAUAAAUGUAUUUUGCACUUUGUAAAUAUGCCCCAUCUAAAACGUAAUCUUCUUUAAGUAAUGAUGGUAUUUAUAUGGGUUACCGGAAAUUUGAUCGAAAGAAAUUUCGUCGACGGUAAAUUGAUCGACGGUAAUUUGAUCGAACGGAAAUUUGGUCGAAUCUUUUUUUUCCGUUCGCACGUUAAAAUUUUCGUCAAAUUUCUUUUUAAACGCACUCUCCUAUUUAGUAAACAAAAUAAUUCGUCCAAAACGAAAUUUGAUGCAAAACUGUAACGUAAAACUAGAUAAUAAGAUUCGUCCAAUUUUCCGUCGACGAAAUUUCUUUCGAUCAAAUUUCCGGAUACGAUUUAUAUGACCAGUAUACAUUUAAAUGACCAAUUUUAAAUAGCCAUAACGAUAUAUAGACCUUUUCUACGAAAAAUUAUUUGCUCCCUUUUUUUGUAUCUGUAAAACUUGGAAAUAUUUAGUAUUUAAAUCAAAGCAUUAUGGGGUUUAGUAUUCGCAUCGUUUUGUUUCCGGUUCUCUUCAACAUAUACAAUAAUGUAAGGAGCAUUUUUUUGUCACAAACAACUUUUUUGCACGGAAUGUACUUUUUAAAAAAAAAUUCAGUUAUUAACGCAGUACCGGUAGUUUAAAAAAAAAUAGACAGAUUGAAUUCUAUAUUAUUUAAAAGAAUUAAAAAAAAAAAAAAAAAAAAAAAAAAAAAAAAAAAAAAUUUAAAAAAAAAAAAAAAAAAAAAAAAAAAAAAGAAAGAUUAAAUUCUAUAUUAUUAAAAAAAAAAAAAAAAAAAAAAAAACAAAAACAAAAAAAAAAAACAUACAUUUUAAACAAUAAAAAAGCUCAAGGAAAACGGAUUUUAAGUGUGGAAUAAUUCUUUCCAAAGCAAAGUUUAGGUAUGCGCCGAAAAGCAACCCCGCAUAUCUAAAAAGAAAAAAAAAGCACUGGAUGUUAGUUAUACAAAUAAAUUCUGUAUUUCUUUUAGUUUUGUACAUAUAUAUAUAUAUAUAUAUAUAUGCAUAGAUUCCAGGUCCGAUACUUAGCUGUGACCGAAAGCUUACCAUCAGAUGUUGCCACAACUGGAACUAGAAUGAAUUUAUGUUUAGGUAUGGCAUGGGCGAGAGAGUCAGUCAGAGCUGGCCCUUGGCAACGUUAUGGCCAAUUUUGGAGCUGAUAGAUGCCCUUCUCCCUUUACCGUCUGCCUGAAAAACGCAAGGGCCAACCUAGAACCCAAACUCUUUUCUUAACAUUACUUGAAUAGGUUAGAUAGGAAUAGGGGGCAUCGAUGCAUUACUUGAAUAGGUUAGAUAGGAAUAAGGGGCCUCGAUGCAUUACUUGAACAGGUUAGAUAGGAAUAGGGGGCCUCGAUGCAUUACUUGAACAGGUUAGAUAGGAAUAGGGGGCCUCGAUGCAUUACUUGAAUAAGAUAGGUGUCAAGAUCAAGAUAUUUGAUCGGUUUAAGUCAUCAAAUUCUUAUACACAUUGUUUACACGUCGUACUAACACCGAAUUAAAGACAAGGCUUUUCCCCUAAGAAAUGAAACUUUAAUCUGUAAAUAUAUUUAACAGUCUUUACAUUUAAUUAUGCACAUGCAUAACGCAACUAGCUUUAUGAGAGAAUAAUGCGCAACUAUCCGCUACACGGAUCUUUCCACGACUGCGGACGAAUAAGGACGUGUGCGAAAGUCUCACCAUGCGCUACAAUUACCAUAAAAAUGCGUCACCAAAUAAAUGGUGGGGAAAGCGUUCAUUAACUAUUAACGCUUUCAAAACACACCCCACACAAUAAAACACAUUAUCCGGUGCGUAACAAUUAUUAGGGAACUCCCAUGCUCGACAGUAGGAAUAGGGGGCAUCGGUGCAUUACGUAUCUCGAGGCAUUCAAUGCUCUUAAGAUGGCCCUGUUCUUGGUAUUUGAAUUUUUACUUCCCUUUUGGCGUACCUAAUGGGAGCAAAAGGGGUGACCGAUCAGGGCUGCACUACAUCGUGCUUCGUUAGUCUUUAAAUUAGUUUGCAUUAGUUUGGCAAUUUGCAUUCAGUAUUGCAUUUUAUGUAAAUCUGACGUAAAUAUGUUUUCAAGAUUUGAAGAUGUUCUUUUUUUUCAAUUUUCAGCUAAAGCGUAGUGGUAACAUGGAGAUGUGCACAUUCCUAACUUACGUACUAAUACUAAACCUAGUGGCCAACUCAACUGCUGGACAGAUCACAUUUAAUUCUUUAGAACGAUGCUUUGACAAUGGAGAAAUGCUGUUCUGUGAUGUGUAUGGAGACGCGCGGUAUUUUUUCUUUAUUAAGUGUCCUACGAAUACGUAUUGGACGAACCAGUUGAACAUUGUGGCAAAUGAUUCAGGGCACCUUAUCUGCCUGUAAGACAGCAGUUGUUGUUUUUUAAAUUAUUUUAUUUAGAUAGUCCUUUUCAAUGUAUUUUCAAUUAGUAUUCAAUAUACAUUCGUAAUGAAGUUAUUUACGAGGUUCAAAUGGUUAAUGGCAUUUAUAGCAUUAUUUAUUGAAAGAUAUUAAAUGCGUCAUAUGAAUACUUCAACCAUUUUAUUGUAUUUUUUUAAAAUUUAUUUGUCAGCAAAUGUCCACCCGGCACCAUAAAUGAAAAGCCAUACCAUCAUGAUACUGUGUGUGAGCAAGACGUGUAAGUAAACUUUAAAUUGAGUUUGGGCGGACAGGUUGUGAUCAGAUUAGACCCCUUGGUGACCGCCUGGACAGUACUCCGAAUGGGGAAAUCCCUAGUCUGCAUUCCUUACUGUGGGCCCACGAGUCUAAUUCUUGAUCUGUUAUACACAUCUGUUUAUAUCUCAGAAUGAGCUAUUCUUAUUUACCCAAGGUUUAUGACAUGUAUGUCUGUGUUGAAUCUUGUCAUCAAGUUUCGACCAGCUUUCAAUCGAACAACUUUUUCGUGAGUUUUCACACAUACAUUAUUAUGGUGACGAUACUAUCUUAAGCCGCUUUUGUGUCGGGACUCGCCUGCAGUAGUACGUCAAUCCAUUGGUGAAAUAAAAGUUUUUGAACUCCCAAUUAUGCACCGCUGCUGAAACAGCAGGCACUCAAAAGCUUAAAACAAGAUCGGGCAAACCCUGAAUGCAGUGCUCGCGGGCAAUGCAACUCUCAACGAUUUGUUACUUUAACUUUAAAGGUACCGUAAUGAUUUUAAAAAAAAAAAAAUUGUAAGUGUUAAGAAACGAAGCUGAAUUUUUUCAUUUUUUUUUUUUUAAAUAUCACGGAAUCGCAAAAAUUGUGUUUCCUUCCUCUUUUUCUGUUCGUUUCUACCGAUGAUGUGCCGUGGGGAGUCCACGAACAACCGAAAGUAUAGCCAUCGUUUGGGCUUGCAACUUCUGCGGUCGCGGGUGGGGUGGCGAAAGGGGGGAUCGGAUAUUUAAGGGGCCAAAGUUGUGAUGGGAAAAAAAAAAGAUAACAGUCAACUUUGGUUGACAGGAGUUCUAACCAGGAGCCAAACCAAUUUAUUUGCUGCUUGGUUAUAUACUGGAUCAAAGACAGACCUAGGCUUAGAUGGAUAGAUGAUGUGGAAACAGAUCUACAAAAACUGAAAAUCCAAGCAUGGAAAAGAAAAGCAUUAGUUAGGUCUGAGUGGAAGGAAGUAGUGAGGCAGGCCAAAGCCCUAAAUGGGCUGUAGCGCCACAGGGAUGGAUUAUAUACUGGCUGAUUCCAAGAGGUUAAAACUUAUAAAAUAAACAAUAUGUAUAUGAUAACAAAUUAGCGAGGUGGAUACAAUAGCGUAGCUAGGGUUAGUGCCGCACGGGGCGGGACAAUAUUUUUUUCGCCCCACCCAAGAACAAAUUCUGAAGUAGGCCGAUAAUAACGCCUUAAAUAUAGCGAGAAAAUAAGUGCCACCUGGAGCGAACUCCCGCUCUGCACCUCCUUCCUACGCUACUGAAUAGAAUUAAUGCGUGAGGACUAUAGCAGGUGGGAAGUAGGAGGGGGACGGUGGCGCCUUGACACCUAACGUUUACAGGGUGACGGACUUGACGCAAAGAACCGAUGGAUCAUUGAAUGCAGCACCAAUCUAUCCGCUGUCUUGGACACGCUGGCGUGAUGUGAUAUCUAAUUCACUGAUCUUUCUCCCUUGCUCGCCUCCUCCAUUCUACUUCGGGUUUUCCGCGAUAUCGUUUUGUUACUUGAAUGUCCGUGUAGUGCCGUCCUGGGAGGUGAGACUGUUGGCAUGCUAGAAACAAGACAUCAACCAUCUCUAUAAUAGCUACGUGCUUGUACGGCUUCUGUAGUGAUUCGCGUUACCAUCAGCGUCUCGUUAGUCUUUCAUUUUAGAUUAUCCUAAAAACAUUCUUUGGAUUCUUCGUAAGCAAUUGUCAGAGAAAACGAAUCGAUAACGCUCGGGUGGGGGGCUAGUGACCCUCUUCCCCCCCCCCCCCCCCCCCCCCCACAACCCAAAUUCUGAUCGACGGCGGGCAACACUCAAGACAUUUACUUUUACAUUUGAUGGUCUUGGUGCUGAUGCUUUGGUAGCUUGAUCUCCAUAUUGAAAGGAUCACGCCUUUGAUAUUGGCCGUUGCAGCAACUAAUUGUUAUUUUUCCUGGCCAUCAUAGUACUUGCUGGGCAGCCAUCCAAUGUCAGGGAAUAGAGUAAGUCAUUAAACAUCCAUAAGGUUCUUGCCUCCUGCCGUGUGUCCUUAGUGAAAAUAGAAUCGGCGAGAAAUCUUCAAAAGGGACUCUUCAUAUAGAUUGUCAAAUUUUAAUCUUUUCACGAACUAGACAAAGACAAUAUAUACAUAUAUACAUGAGCGCCUAUGCCCUCUAGGAUUUGUCUUAGGACAAAGUUGUGAUUAAUGCUCUAUGUCCGUUUGCUAAAGCCGACAUUUUCCCGACUUAUGCUUUUUAAAUUAUUACUAAAGCAGAAGACUUUGCUUGUGAUAGGAGAGUAGUCUCCAGUCUGACAGAGUUCCCCUAUUAGGCAGUUUGAUGAAACGCCUGCUCACCCGUGUAGGUGGGAUCUCUUCUACUUCUAUGUCCCUAAUGUCUUGCAAUAUCAUUUGAGGGGUGGGUGACAAAUUCGUUUCCUCAUGCUCAUCUUCUUUAAGCAUCAUGGCACCGUAGAUAUAAUAUAUGUGUGGAAUUCAUCAUUAGUAAUGGCGCAUAAUUCUAUGCUAAUAGUUUAGUAAUAGGUUCUCUUUGGCGCUCGGGAUUAUUUGAAAGUGUUGGUGGUUCAGGGCGCUUAACUCUUCAAAGUGUUGCAUCCAACUGUUAAACUCUCCCCUCUCACCGAUGAGAGAAAACAGAUAAAACAGUAUAUGUUUUCAAAGAGAAUUUUAAGUUCCGUUAAUUGUGUCUUAUCAGCAGUCUCACCCAGCAUCUUUAUAACUUUAAAACAGUCCCAGCUUCGCUGGGCGGGACAUGUUUCGCGAAUGUCAGACGACAACUUGCCCAAAAGAAUAUUCUUUGUGAGCUCGGGCAUGGAGGGCGUUUUGCUGGUGGUCAGAAGAAACCCUUUAAAGACACCCUUAAAGCCUCACUGAAAACGUUCGAUAUAGACAUGGACACAUGGGAAGAAGCGGUAGAGGAUCGAGCAUCGUCGCCCCUCCUCCGUACCCAAAGGCUCCAUAGAAACAUGAAACCAACAAAACAGCGGUCGCAGAGCACAAAAAAAGACAUGCCAGAAAAUCACGUGUUAACUCUGCACCUGGAGAAGCCCAUCAACUCCCUACGCUUGCUGCACAAGAACAUUUCGUGCCAGAAUCGGUCUCAUUAGCAGCCCGUGCACCCACAAUGAGCAGAUAAGAUGAUUCCGGAGGUUGUCACGAGCUCCCUUGUGCUAAGUGACACUUGGGUCUAAAUUCUACAAUAACUCUGACCCCACCUUUUUUGAUGUGCCCAAGGCAACCCAAUGACAAUACAAUAAAACAAAAUGAAUCCUCAAUUUAAUUUAAAAUAACGAAGGCUAAUUUAUUAUCUAACGCACUUUAUGAAACAAUAGGACAUAUACAAUAAAUACACUAUGAGAUAUGCAUAAAAUUACAACUGAGAACUAUCCUAAAAUAUAUACUACGAAACGUGAAUGGCUGUCAUAUAACUAUAAUUUCUCAGAGAAACAAUACAGGCAAUUUGACUUAUAAUCCGAGCAAGACGCUACACCUGUCUGUAGUGGAGCCUUGUGUGACUUUCGCCUCUCACCUACUGAAGGGUCUGUCCUAUGGUCAAGGACUGUCACUGCCUCUUUCUUGAGCCCCGUCGUCGCUCUGCGUUGGCAUCUGUCAAUCAUGGCCACGUGCUUGUGAUGAUUUAUCUGACUAGUGUCAACAAUUAAACAAAAGGGGUGACUACUCCUGAAGCUUAUGAAGAAAUCGCCUACACCACGUGAUCCACACUAAACCCUAUACCUAACUACUCACCGUGUCCAGAAUACUGAAUGUGCAUAACAUACUAUCUGACACACGAACUACCAUUGAACUACCACAUUCAUACACCUUACAUACACUUACCUCUUUAUGUCGAUACUGUGGCGAAAAUGGCACAAGGUAGGUCUAAAUCUAAAUUUACAGACACUGACGAGAGAAGUCUCAUGUGUGGACUGGUGGUCAGUGAAUUUUCUAAAUUCAGUGUCGAUAUAUAUAUAUACCCUCGUUCAUGGGCGCCCACAGAAAACUUUUUAGGAAGGGGGGGGGGAAUUGAUUAACUUUCCAGGGGGGAUGGGCAAAAAUUUGUUAGUAAUGUUUUAAUAUAGUUUUAAUUUACUGUAGCGUAUUUUUAUGGUGAACGAACGGACAGGACAUCAGCUUAGUUGCUUUCUCUUUAUUUUCUCUUUACUUUAAUACAUUUUUUGUCUAUUUUUGUCUAAAAAAAAUUUAUCCAAUCAAUCCAGGGGGGGCAAGUGCCCCCUCUUGCCCCUACCUGCGGGCGCCCAUGCCCUCGUUCCUCCCCAAACUUCUAACCAGGACGCCUUGCAGUCUCCAGUGUCCACCCCGAUGGUAAUUAAGUCCUGUCAUCGUACAACAAUGAACCAACGCUUCAAGGCAUGUCGAUGUAUGUCACAGACAAUUGUGUACACAUUCAUGCACCCCCCCCCCCUCGUGUGAUUAGUAGCCGCAGGGGACCACCAUACCUCGUCUUCUUACUUACCUUACUUUCUCACGAUAUUGAGCCUGUGGAUAGUAUUUCGACCAUCAUGGCGUAACAGUCAACCUGUGACAGUGGUCAUCGUCGAUUUCGACUGACGAACUAUACAAUCAGCUGUCAUAUAGUUUGAAAGACUCCUCGUGUUCUUUGUUCACUCGUUGCCUCUGCAUCCUCUGCCAGUUUCUCUAAGCAAAAUAACGCAUGUCCUCUAGAUGCCUUGGCUGAUUAUAUCAUUUUUUUACGCACUGACUUGUAUUGGGAGAAAUUAAUCUCCUGUUUUAAUUUUAAUUGGCUCGUUGUAAACAGUGCCUAACAAAGGACGAUACCAUAGAAUCAACAAUAUUAAAGAUAAGACCCAAAACAGUUUCUAGUCACAAUUAAUAAGAUUUAUUAAGUCUAAAGAUAAUUACAAAAGAAAAGAAAAUAUAAUUACAAUCUUCAACUUACAGUAUGGUAGAUCUUGUACCGGUACACAGUUAACACAGUUAGAAUAAUGUGCCAAUAAAUAAUGCGAAAUAAACACAUAUGAGCACACAAAUACACAAAGAAUAAAACACGCCUCGAAUUGUUAAGAAACUCUAUCUGAAAAAUCUCCCUUCCUUCGUAUCUGUCAAUCCUUUUUAUACAUGUAGCGUAAGACGCUUCCAGAAGGACCUAUGACGUGUUGUUUACAUAUCUCGGGUUAAGGAGUACAUUUGAGAAGUUACCCGGAGACAUUCUACCAAUGCGUAAUUGGAAGCCGAUUGUAAACAAGAUACAUCAAAGAGAUUUAGCCACGCCCGCAACAGACGUUACUGUCUGCUAGGAGUGUACUACGAGGUCAAGGAAAGUUCACGCACAGGAAAUCGUGCUACAUAACACAUUCAUUAUAAAUCUCCAGGAGGAUCAUAUUUAAGAGAGAUAAAAAUCAUGCAAUCACUAAUACUUACAAUGUUAAAUCAAGACUUUUGUGAGGCAGGGUGCACUGGAUAAUAUUUAAAAAAAAAUAAUAAUAAAGUGGUUCUGACGUUCUGAAACGACUACCACCCUUGAGAUGGGCCUGACUUCGUUGUUUUAAACAGUAGUAACUCUGAAAUUUCGAUACUGAGGGUUGUUAUUGUUAAAGGUCACCGCGGUUAACAUUGGAAUAUCUUCCUAUAAAAGCCACUUACUUAAUUAAAAUUAAAUUUCAUUUCACCCCACACACUUAAAGUAUAGCAAUUCUUGAAUUUAAAAAAAAAUAUAUAAGCACAUUUUUAAAUAGACCGUUUCAGAAAAUGUAUGAUUAGGUUAAAUUUCAGCCAUUUAUUUUCUAUAUUUUACAGCAGUGAUCUCGGAAAGGCAACUCUAUUGACCAUCAAUAUCGAGGAGCAGUGCUUCACCCAAUAUGAUUUCUUAAGAUGUGAAACAGAUACAGGUUGGACAGAUUUUAUUACCUGUACAAGAAACCAGAAAUGGACGGGUUACGUGAUAGCACGAAAGAGCGAUCUGGAGUGUGUGUAAGUAGCGUGGUACUAUUCUAUUAGCCUAUAAAAUAGACGAGAUAUUCUCAUAUGUAAGACAUCAAAACCAAGUUGCCAUUAUUUCACAUUUAAUUUAGGCCAGUGGUCGGCAAACUCAUUAGGCAAAAUAGCCAAAAAAUCGGCAGCAGGACGAUUACAUUUUUUUGAGAGCCAAAUUUCUUUUCAAGAACUUGUCAAAGACCAUGUUUUUUUAGGAGUCAAAACCGGUUUGUUUCCGACUGGCCGAGUCGCACUCGGGUCGUUAAGGAGCCGCGAUUUGCCAACCACUGCUUUAGGCUGAUGUGUACCAUGCUUUCUUGAUUCUUACUUUUCAGCGUUAUCUUCUGUUGUUCCACUUUUCAACAACUAUCUUUAACCGAAUGAUCACACGGCCCCACGUGCUAGAAAAUGACAUGGUCAAGCACAAUUUGAAACAUAAUGUAUACUAUUACUUCUUUUAUUCGAUCCUUGAAUUUUCAAUGAACCCAUUCUUUCUCCUGAUUAAUCUACGUCACUACAUCUAUAUAUAUAUAAAUGAUCGUUUGUAUGUCUGUAUGUCUCGUAUGCGCUCCUACACCAUUCAUGCAAUUGCGACAAAACUUUGGUCAGUUGUUGUCCACAUAACCGGCCAUUUAACUGAGUCAUUAAAAACCUUAUCAAGUGUUCGGUUCCUAGCCGUUGGCCCUUAAUUCGUUUUUUUUUCUAAAAUAUGAGCUUUAUAAAAAUUAUUUUCCACAUGCGCUCAUACGCCAUUUAUCCGAUUCAUAUAAAACUUUGGUGAAAUGUUGCGAGCAUGUCCAUAAAGGUUUCUAAAUUAUUACAACCGUUUUAAAGUAUUCAGUUUUGAGCCAGGGGCCUCAUAUUCGUUUUUCCUUACAUGAGCUAUAUAAAUAUAUUUUCAAACCGUAUGCGCUCCUACACCAAUCAUGCGGUUGCUACAAAACUUAGUGAGUUGUUGUCCAUGCGCCAGUGCAUUUUACUGUGUUAUUUAAACACUUUUAAAAACAUUCUGUUUUCGUCCGUUGGCCCUUAAUUCGUAUUUUUUCUAAUAUGAGCUUCGUAAAAAAUAAUGUUCAUAUACGCUCCUACGCCAUUUAUCCGAUUCCGAUUAAGCUUUGGUGAGAUGUUGCAAGCAUGUCCAUAAAGGUUUCUAAAUUAUUACAACCGUUUUAAAGUAUUCAGUUUUGAGCCAGGGGCCUCAUAUUCGUUUUUCCUUACAUGAGCUAUAUAAAUAUAUUUUCAAACCGUAUGCGCUCCUACACCAAUCAUGCGGUUGCUACAAAACUUAGUGAGUUGUUGUCCAUGCGCCAGUGCAUUUUACUGUGUUAUUUAAACACUUUUAAAAAUAUUCCGUUUUCGGCCGUUGGCCCUUAAUUCGUAUUUUUUCUUAUAUGAGCUCUGUAAAAAAAUAAUUUUCAUAUGCGCUCCUACGCCAUUUAUCCGAUUGCAAUAAAACUUAAAACUUUGGUGAGAUGUUUGAAGCACGGCCGCAAACGUUUUUAAAUUAUUAUAAACUUUUCAAAAUAUUCCAAUUUUAGCCAGCGGCCUUAUUUACGUUUUUUUUUCUUAUACGAGCUAUAUAAAUAUAAUUUCAAACCGUAUGCGCUCCUGCACCAUUCACGCGAUUGCAACAAAACUUUGACGAGUUGUUAUCUAUAAACAUAACCAUUCAUUACAACACUUUUAAAAUAUUCCGUUUUGGGCCGUUGACCCAAAUUCUUUUUUUCUUCUUAUAUGCGCUUUGUAAAAAAUAAUUUUCUAUGCGCUCCUAUACCAUUUUUCAGAAUGCGAUAAAAAUUUAGUGAGAUGUUGUUCUAUCGCCCACAAAGGUUCUUAAAUUACUACAACCGUUUUAAAAUAUUCAGUGUUGAGCCAGGGGCCCUAUGUUUGUUUCUUACAAAAUGAGCUAUAUAAAUAUAAUUUCAAACCGCAUGCGCUCCUACAUCAUUCAAGCGCUUGCGAUAAAACUGAGGUGAGUUGUUGUCCAUAAGCCAGAGCAUUUUUCUAAGCCAUUAUAACUCUACUAAAAUAUUCCGGUUUUUUUUUUUGGCAAUCGCCCCAAAUUCGUGUUUUUUUCCGUACAUUAGGAGCUUUAUAAAAAAUAAUUUCCGUAUGCGCUCCUCUACAUUAUUACAAUGCGAUAAAAUUUUAGAGAGAUGUUGUGCGCGCGCCCGCCCGCAAAGGUUUCUUAAAUGAUUACAACCAUUUUAAAAUACUCCGUUUUUAGCCAGGGGUCCUAUGUUCGUUUUUUCUAUAUAAGCUAUACAACUAUAAUUUUAAGCUAUACAACUAUAAUUUCAAACAGAGCUAAAGCAUGAAUGGAUAGCUUUUUAAUCAAAUACAAAUAGUGAUAUUAAAUUGAGUGUGUGACAUAUUAAGUAGGUUUCUGAAGUAAUACAACAAUUCUACAAUAUUCCAUUUGUGGAGGGGGGUCCUAAAUUCGUUUUCCACACUUCUAUUAUCUAUAUAAUUAUAGUAUGCAUUUCUAUACCAUUCAUUCGAUUGUGAUCAAACUGGGUCAAGUGAAAUGCGCACUACCGAAAAUGUUUCUAAAUUAGAAAAAAACAUUUUACAAUAUUCCGUUUGGGCCAGUGACCCUAAUUUCAUAUUUUCUUCUAAGAGCUUUGUAACUAUAAUUUCAAACAGAGCUAUUGCAUGUGUGGAAGUAGCUGAAUCCGCCGGCAAAUUUUUCAAAUUUAGUACAUCCAUUGUACAAUAUUCCAAUUAGGGCUGGGGACCCUAAAUUCAAUUUAUUUUCUUAAAUGAGCUUCAUCAAUAUAAUUUAUAACGAAGAUAUCAACACUACCGCCCUUGAACAAAUGACACAUUUGUAGUAAAGCAGAGAAAACACGUUUUUACAUUUUUAGUGUAGAGAGUAUUUUUGUUAUUUGUAUAAAUAAGCUUGAAUUUUGUGACGCAUUUUAGAAUCGGAAAUGACAUCGAAAUCGCGUUUUUUUUUUCAACUAAGAGUAUUUCUUGAAUAGAGUCUUAUAAUUUCGGAGUUGUUUUGUGUUAUGUAAAUACAUUUUACACCAAUCGAUGGUUUCUCAAGUAAUUAAAUAACACACUUGACAGCGUAGAUAUUGAACUAUGGUCAUUUUUUACCGCUGGAAUUUACGAUUUAUAAAUUAAUGAGAAACUAUACAACUGGAAAUCUCCUGCCAACAAUGAACGUACCUAUUGUGCGAGGUUUUCAUGUAAAAAGAUGGGAGAUCCUAACGUGUGAGAAUUACAUUCACCAUCAAAACCAUUAUCAUUGUUGGUAUCAGGUGACAAUAGCCAAUCGAAACAUUUCUUGGCAAACAUACGCAAAUGCAAUUCAUGUUUCCAAAUGACAUCGUUCGGUGCAACAAAUAUCGUGCGCGAGAAUUACAUGCCAACAUUUAAAGUAAAGUGAAAGGCUAAAUUUACCAUCGUGUAGGAUCUCUGAUGCCAAUGCCAAACACAGAUCACAAAUGUCUUCAAAUGAUAUCAUGGGGAAUACUGAUGAGCAAAUCGAUCAGCGUUGUCAUAUCAAUACGGGCACUAAACGAGAAAUUGUCGCUGCAAUGCAAACGUUAUUUUUGCAACACAACGAAUUAAUUCAAAUGUAUAGAGUUGCACUUGAAAAGAUGCCGACUGAUGAAUACAAAGUCAUAGUUAGAGCAGACCUGUCGGCCAACAUGAAAGACAAUACAAUGCACCAACAAUUGAUGAAGUGGCGAUCAUUAUAGUUGGCAAAGAAUUUAACUCAAGUGAUAUAAUUCUUCAUCGCAGAAGUGUUGAUGUUCAGCGAGUCUCAGAAACUCAUCGCUCAUACGUUUGAUUGCAAUAUCCUAUUUUAUUUUGGCAAGGAGAAGAUGGAUAUCAUUUUGACAUCAAAUUGAGAAAUUCGAAUAAGAAAGACAGUGCCAUGAAAUACUAUUCAUAUUGAUUGAUGAUUCAUGAGUUGGGAAUGACCUGUCGGAAUCGAUCUGCAAACAAACUUUUCGCUCUUGAUUUGGAACGAGAAACGCACUUUGAUAUCGAAGCAUUAGGUACGGUACAUUUGUUCAAAUGAAUCUUCCGAAAUUGGUUCCAUUAAAGUUACUAUUUUAAAUGGAAAAUUUAAACUAGGUGAUGUACUUUUGCCAUUCACCCCAAUGAUUCCAACAGAUAUGCCAUUUAAAUUCAAACGCCUACAGUUUCCGAUGCGACACGCGUCUACAAUGACUAUCUACAAAGCACAAGGACAAUCGCUACAAGUUUGCGGACUAAAUUUGGAAAACCCAUGCUUCGCCCAUGGACAGAUGUAUGUGGCCUGCUCUUGCGUCGGAAAAUUUUCUGAUUUAUUCGUGUAUAUACCAGAUUGAAAAACAAGAAAAAACUUUGAGUAUUUAAAAGCUCUUGAAGAAACAUAAUUAACAUGCAAACACUUUCUUUCUUUGAGUGGCAUUGCAACGCAUGCCGGGUACUCGCUAGUGCUUUAUAAACUAUCUUUUUUUUUCCUCAGGGGAUGCCCACCUAACUCAUUCACUCCAUACGACUUCCAUUACAACAAAACAUGCAUCAUCAGGUAAGAGACUUACCUGUUAAUUAGUUUAAUCAGUUCUAUGUAUUGAUUAAUGUAGGCUUAACUGAUCUCAGCACGCCUGGUAUAAUGAGGUUCAAGGAAUUUAAUUUGCUUUCUUUUUUUUUUCUAUGUUAAUCUAGAGAAGAAAAGAGCAACACAAGUCUUGAUCCUCCAAACAGCGCUUCAACAAUCCGAACCAAGUUUAUAAAUUGUUUAGCAUACAUGUUCAGUAUUUUUUUAAUCAAAAAGAGCACGUUCUGUUAGUUGGAUGUAAGAAAAGGGAUGAAGAGUGUAAGAUUUUUGUACAAAUCACUAACACAUACGUAUUGUCUUUCAUCUGAAAACAUUUUGUGAAGGCUGAGACUAUUCGCACCCGGGUACCAGAAGUGAGAGGUUGGGAUUAAAAAACUAUUUAAAACAUUAUUGUUGGGUUUUUAAGACGAAAUGAGAUAUCAAAUAGAAGAUAAUUGAGUGGACUAUAUGUUUGUAAACUUACUUCUUCAGUUGAACUAAAAUAAACUAGGACAAAUGGCAUCCGAAUAGCAUUGGUCUAAUGCGCAUGUGUCAAACUCAAGGCCCUCGGGCCACAUCCGGCCAGCCAUACAAUUGUAUCAGGUCCGCGAGGUCUUGACCGCGUAUAAUUAUAUCCAAGUCAAAGCAAUGAUGUUUCCCAAUUCACAUUUUGCAGGAAAACUUAGCUUACUUCGCGCCGAGUUCGCACGGCACUUUAAAGACUUUGAAGCACAAAAAUGUAAUUUCAAGUUGUUCCGUAACCCAUUUGUCAUAGACGUGGAAAUUGCACCUGUAAAUUUGCAGAUGGAGCUAAUAGAGGUGCAGUGUAAUGGGACACUAUCGGCAAAUUAGGACACAGUUGGGCCUGCACAGUUCACUUGUUUCAUUCCUGAAGAGAUGCUCCAGCUUCGUCUACGUGCGGCUCGAACCUUUAGCACAUAUAUGUGUGAGCAGCUGUUUUCUGUGAUGAACAUUAACAAAACAAUACAAAGGAGUCGUCUCACCGAUGAAAACUUUCAGUCCAUCAUGAGAAUAUCAAUGACACUCCCAAAAUAAACGAACUUAAUUGUUUUUGUUGCUAAGAAAAUGUUCCAAACAUUCAGCUCUGACAAAUGGGCAUAAGAGCGAAAAUGGGUAUGCCAAUGAUUUUUAAUUGUUAAAACGUUUUUCUGUUUUCAUUUACAUAAGUGUUUUUUAAAAAAGAUUAAUUUUCCGAUAAUUGAAUAUUUAUCAUGUUUGGCCCGCAACCUUACAACUUACAUGUGAUUUGAGUUUUGGCCCGGCGAGCGAUUGAGUUUGACAGCCCUGGUCUAAUGGGACCCGUGUGCGAAUGGCGCCGCUGUGUGUCUGGGUCCAUUUUGACUAAAUGCUAUUCGGAUGUCAUUUGUGGUAGUUUACUUUAGUUAAACUGAAGAAGUAAGUCUACAAACACACAGUCCAUUCAAUUAUCUUUCAUUUCAUUUGGUACCUCAUUUUGUCUUACAAACCCAACAAUAAUAUUUUAAAUAUUUUUUGAAUCCCAACCUCUCACUUCUGGUAACGGGGUGCGAAUAGCCAAUUCGUUUUGUAAACUACCUUGUCCUUCAUUUGGAUUGAAAGCAUGAAGAUAAUAUCUCUUAAUUGCUCUUUUAGUACUCUGGCCUUGGCUGUUGCAUUAUGAUUCUACCUAGCAUUUUAAAACCCGUUUUACUGCCAACGAAUUAAAAAUUUUCAAAGAAAAGACACCAUUUGAUAUUUUUUUGCAUUUUUUAAAUUUUUGGAAUAAAGAUUUUCAACCAUUAUUGCUCAAAAGCUUUUAUUCCACAAUUUCUUGCCGAUAUUAAAUAUUUUUUCCUCCUUUUCUUAUUAAUAAUAAUAAUAUGAAUUAUCUAACAUGUUGAUUUUAAAACAAAAGCUGGCUGACAAUAAAUAUUAGGGACCACAAAGAUGUGGGGAAAGUGAGGGAGAGAGAGAGAAAUGAGAGUGAGGUUAGAUUAGAGUAAGGGAGAGAGAGAGAGAGAGAGAGAGGGGGGGGGAGAGAGAGAGAGGGUGAGAGAGAGAGAGGUCAAAAGAAAGGACAGUGUAGUGUAUGUUGACUUGUUUAUUUUUUCCGACUUAUUUAAAAUAUUUUAAAAAAUCACUAAAGAAUUAUAAUUUUGUGUCAAUUUUCCUUUUUUAAAGAAAUCUUUAUGUUACCCUUUUUUUAAGUUGGCCAGAACAAUUUUUUGCAACAGCUCAUCAAAUGCACAAUUAAGUGCACAAAAAACAUUAACAAGCUUUUUAUUAUUUUUGUUUUAUCAAUAAUGUGUUUUCUAUUGUUUUUCCAUAAUUAAGGAUUUGUGGAAAAAAAACCCACAAAGUUUCAAAACUAAUAUUUGAGUCUUGUAAGUUUUAACAACCCUCUCUUUUAUAAUUUAUCAUCAUGUGAAAAAAAAAGUAAUUGCUAUUAAUUGAAGUUGAAAACAUCUGAAGCCCAGUUUAUAAAAGUUGAGAGCAGACAGUUAACACACAUCUGGUUCUGAUAAAAACAUUUAAAAUAAUUUUCAUGUAGAAAAAUUUAAAUCUAUUUAGGUAAGUGAAAGAUGAGUGUUGAUACUUCCACUUGCAUUUGCAUACAUUUUAAAACUAAAUCUCACACAACUUCCAAGCUGUUUCUUUGUAAUAAAUUAUAUUGGACAUAAUUUGAAUAUUACAUGAGAAUCUAAAAUUCAAAUCUUUUUCUAAUUAAAAUAAGAUGUAAGUCUUUUACAGAUUAAAUUGUUGGUUUCCAAUUCUUAAUUCAUUGUAACUUAUUGUGAACAUAUCCAUUUAGAGAUUAGGCAUUGAAACGUAACUUUUAGCCACAGUAUCAAACAAAUUAAUACUACAGCGUUUCUUUUCAUACUGGAUACAUAGGGUAAAUUUAUAUUUAAUAUAGAUUUUUCAACAUUUUAUUUAAUUUAUUACUUAAAAUCUUCCAUAUACUUUCUACCAUUCAUGGUGCAAAGUUCUAUGGGCUUGUCAAGAUAAACAGGAAUCUGAUGCAAAAUACAGUUAUAGUUAGUGAUAUUUCCAAGGUUUAAAGACUUUAGGGAUGAGCUGUACUCAUACAUUAGAGAUUACAUAUUUUUCUGAAUUUUUUGUUCUAUUUAAAUGAUUUACUCUUGUUUCUACUACUGCAAAAUUAGUCAUAUUUAAACAAAGCAUUUUGUUGUAUUCAUUAAAAUCGUCCAUUUAUUCAUCAAAUUUUAUAAAUAUUUGUUAUUUUACAAACAAUAAAAAAAAAUGUAGCC